AUGGAUGACUUUGCAUUUGAGGCCCUUGAUUUUCGAUUAAAAAUACUCGAAUCAAAACUAGAUGGUUUGCAAGGAGAAAGCUUUUCAGUUACAAUUCGUAGAUUACGAUCGGAUCUCAACAAAUUAGGGGAAUUGGGACGACUGAUUGAUAAUCUAAAGAAUCUGAAUGAGUAUUUUGAUAUUCCAGUUGAUCCCAAUAGUGAUCUUCUGAAAGAUUUUCCGGACAUUAAUGAAGACAUGAGCAUUCAAGAUAAAAAAUUGGUGAUUCUUAGUCAGGGACAACAAUUCUCCAAAUUUCUUGCCGCAGUUGAACAUAUCGAAUCACUUGUUAAUGUGCUGGAGAAGUUUAAAGCAACACAUGCUGAAAUUUCGCGCGUAAAGUUGGAAAUGAACAUAUCACCCAUGAAUAUAUUAGAACAAUAUGAUACUCGUAUAUAUUCGCAAUAUUGUAAAGGUGUCCAAAAGUGCUUUCAUCUACUUGAGCUGGAUAUUUCAAAUACGUAUGAACAGAAUUUAUUUCUUGUGGAGGUGCAAGAAAGACUCAAGAAAUUAUCCGAUAAGCUACCAGAAGACAAUUCUCCUGGCAAUUCUUCUCCGAACACUACACAGUAA